UUAAUUGUCGUUGCUCGCGAGCGGUUCAAACAGCAACAGCAACCACAGCAAUCACAACAGCAAUCACAACAGCAAUUGCCAACAGCAAAACGCGCGUUGAUUUUUUGAGUGUAUUUUAUUUUUUUUUUGCAAGUGAUUUUCUUUUCUACUGUUUUUUUUCGAGUGUUGUUCAAACUGCUUCGAUUUUUUUUUUUGCGGUGCUUUAAAGGAUAUUUUCCGUAAAGUGUUUUUCGUAAUUUAAUUUAAAAUGUGGUACUUGAAUGUGGCAUUAUUAUUGUGCGGCAUCUGCGUCGGCUUGAUUGAGGCACGCAGCUACAGCAAUGGAUUGAUCUUCUAUGACCUUGCCACACACACACCGUACUUGCCCCCAACGGUGAGCGUGUCCCGUGGCCGCAACUUGGCCAGCGUCAAGUACUCCGAAAAGGGUUCGAUUUGGUCCACGUUCGGACAACCUUGCGUCUGCCGCGGCGUGGCAUGCGGCUGCUGUGCCGGCCUCAAGGUCGAUCAGUACAAGUUCGAUCAGAAGGUUUGUGCGAACAUCACUUUUGUGCCACAGCUGGAGGAGGCGCAACUGGAGAUGUAUUUAAACGAGCGACCAUCGUCCAAGUUUGGCAUCUCGCUGCGCAACCCGACGCCCUUCUGCAUACCCGUCAUGAUGGGCGUGCCGAUGGCGAUGUGCGUUCAACUCACCGACAUCCAAAUGGUGGAGAACAAUCUCAACAUGUGCAUGGACUUUGUGGUCCGGCUGGCCACAACGGAUCUCUUCGAGAUGCAUUUCCAGUGCAUGCGCAUGGGACUGAGUGGGGUUCAGUAUGUGGACAAGAAUGGCAAGCCAGUGUUGCCCAUUGGAGAGCAGGAGCAGGCGGAGGAUGAGGAAGAGGUGCAGGAGGAGGAGGAGCUGUUGGAUCAAGAUGAGCACACUGAUUAUGAUUAUACGGAUGUGGCUGAGUCAGAGAAGCAGCAGGAGCAGGCAGGGGAAGAGGAGGAGGGGGAGGAGGAGAAGGGGGAGAAGGAGAAGGAGCAGCAGCAACAGGAGCAACAUCAACAGGAGCAACAGCAACAGGAGCAACAGAAGGAAGAACAACAGCCAGAUGCGGAGUUGAUAAUGGAACAAGCUGAGCAACAGGAGAAGCAAGAAGAGCAUCAAGAGCAGCAUCAACAGAAGGAAGAAACAGAGCAGCAACAGGAGGAGAACACAGAGGAACAACAGCAGCAACAAACAGAGCAACAACAGCAAUCAGAGUUGGAGUUGGAGCCGGAGCCAUUGCCCAUUGAAAGUGAAAUGCUGAUGGCGGGUGAAGAAGAUGAAGCGGCAACAGAAGACUACGAAGAAGAGGAGGCAACCCAAGCAGAAGAGCUGCAAAUGCAACAGCACCAACAAGAGGAGCAACAUCAACAACAACAAGAAUAUCAACAUCAAUCCCAGCAGCAACAACAGCAACAACAGCAACCAGCAAUGCUCAGUCUUGGUCAGCUUUAUGGCGAUGAGAGCGAGCCAGAGUUCAACGAAAUAAGUGAAACAAUUGCCAAUGAACAAACAGCAGCAGCAACAGCAGCAGCAACGACAGCAACAACCAAAAAACCAACAGAGCAAAAGGAGGCAACAGAGCAACAGCAACUGCAGGAGACAGAAGCGGAGGCGGUGGCACAUGACGAAGAAGAGGUGGAGGAGGAGGAGGAGAAUGAAAAGGAGGAGGAGCAGUCGAAGACUGAACAGCCAGAGGCGUCGCGUGAAGAGGAAGCAGCAGCAGCAGCAGAAGCAACAACAACAGCUGAAAUAGAAAACGACAUUGACAAUGAGGUGAAUGUGGAUGAUGAUGACAAAGUUGAAGCUGCAGCAGAGGAAGCAGCAGCAGCAGCAGCAACGGCAGCCGAAGACAUUGACAUUAAAACGGAGGCAACUGCUGAACAAGAAGAAGAGGAGGAGGAGCAAGAGGAGGAGGAUGGCGAGGGAACGCAGACGGAGGCAGCAGCAGCAACAACCGAAGAAGAUAACGAUGACAAUGAUAAUGAUGAUGAUGAUGCAGCAGAAGAUAAUAAAGACGAUGACCAGGAGGCGGCAAUUGCCAACAGCAAUGAAAGUGCUGCGAGGCCCAACAACAGCAGCAGCCAUAGCAACAGCAACAACAGCAGCAGCAGCAACCACAUUAACAGCAGCAACGCUUUAAACAAUGAGCCAAAUCGUCAAGCUGUUGAUGACAUAGCUAAUGAGAUACAACAUCAACUGCAACAACAACAACAGCAACAAGAGGAGCAACAGUUGCAGCAACAGCAACAACAACAACAACAACAGCAACAACAACGUUGGCGUCGCCUGCGCUUGCGUCAGCGCAGCUUUGUUUAAUUGCAACAUUGCAACUGCAGACGAUUGUUAUUAAUUUAUUGUAAUUGUUAAUGAAUUGUUAAACGCUAAAUGCUUGUUAAUUAAUACUUAUUUAUUGCUAGCAUAGACAACAAAAUUCAACUCGAAUAAAAAUGCUACAAAU